AUGUCGACCGAAGCUAUCAUUGCAUUGCUUGCUCUUUUCAUCGCGUGUGUUCCUGGUGUUCGGUUUUUGGUCAGUCAUAGACAAAGAAUCACCCAAUGGUGGAAUAGAGCCCGAGACAAUUACGAAUUUGGCAAUGAGUCAGAGCAUCUCCCAAUAAGCAAUGCGCAAUAUAACAUCUAUUCCACGGCCCAGUCCAAUCCCAGCCAUACUCGCAUCAAUAGAAACAAUCUGCCCCCAAAUGGUCCUUGGCUCCCAGUUUCUACCUUGGAGACAUAUUAUCCUACAUUACCCCUUAACAACCCGAUAUUCUCGCCACCAUCUCACCGAGAAAUAAGAAUAAUCAACGUUUCCCAAACAACGCAGGUAUUAGCAGGCCCUGGAAAAAUAGACACUCAUUUGCCUUAA